GCGCCCACGUGGGCAAGCACCCAUCAUUAAUUUCAUCCUGUCAUAUAAUGCACUGUGCCGACGUUUAUUUCAACUAUUUGUGUCCCUAAACUACGCUUCUUGACAUCACACGUGUUGAGUGAAUAGGCGGGCUGAUUUACGUGAGAGGUGCGUACUAACAUACGUUACACGACAUAUAUGCGCAUGCAGUGUACGUAGCACAUAGGACAUAGGGGCGUACUGAAAAGGGGCAUCCUAUUUUCAAUUGAAAAAAGAAAAAGAAAUAUAGAAAGAAAAGAAACUUCCGUACUGCAGUGCAAAGCUUAGCCAGUUGAGACAUCCCUAAAUAGAUUAUCAUUUAGUCAAAAUGUUGAGGGAUUAUCCCACGAUUUUUGCAUCCACAAUGUCUACUACCGCGACAUAUGAUAUGUUGCGGACGACGUCAUGAAAUGUGCCCAGAGCCUUUUCGGUGUCAACAAGGUCUUUGAGGGGUUUUUUUUUUUUUUUUUCGUCCCGUUUCACACGCAACAGUGAGAACGCUUAGAACGCAAGGAUGAUCUGGUGGCUCGCGCUACCUAGCUAUUGGCAUGCGCUGUUCACACACAACUUGCAACGCAGGAAGGUCGAAAACUUACUGUGCUUUGACAUCCCACGAAAGAAAUUUCUCCAUAUACAUACCUAUCCAUAGUCCAAGCAAGGUGAUGAAACACGCGAACCGUUGGGUCGUGAUGAAGCACUGCUCGCCAUGUUAUAGCCGUAACGGCAUUGCAAGGAACUGCGCACUUCGUUUCGAGCGGUAAAUGGAUAUUCGGGGAUAAACCAUGCAUAUGAGGACACUUCAAUAGUAUGCAAGAGGAUUCGAAGUUUCAGCUGAGUAGCUUGUACAUCCUGCUUAAAACAUCUGGCAGCAGUCGUCUGCAAUCUAUGGUGCUUGCGUUGUUGAUGGUAUGGCAGUGUUUCCUUUGUAGCUGGCAGACGUAAAGAUUGCUCCCAAGCACUGAUAAAUGACAUAAAAACAGAAAAUAUAGAUGCAGAAACUGUACCAGUACAUGGCCACACGAAGGAAAUAACGUAUAUCCUUUCUUUACGGUGCCGCAGCUGAUGAUCAUCAUCAUCAUCAGAAGCUUGUAUAUCAAAGGUGUCUGAUGGCGUUCUCUCGAUUUAGUUCUCUGGUACGUAGCUUGCUGAGUUAACAGUCGUAACAGGAACGAGUGGUACCAUUAGACAUCACAGCUUACGUUAGCCCUGCUGCAAAACGCGAGCGAAGUUGCGAUGAGCAAUACUAGCAGUGCCACGUUUGCUUCGAUCGCCGAGCCGCACUACCAGCACCAAGACAGCCCGUCAGAAUCCGAACACAGAGGGAAUGCCGAUGUUCGGCUUUACCUUGAGUCCAAACUUCCACAGAGCGGUGAAUCUGUGCCGCUGACGGCAGCCGUCGAACUGCUACGAAAUGAACUGAAAUGGCCCCAUCUGAGUUCAACAGAGGUGCUGAAUGCUUGCUUGGAGACAGCUGGCCGGUUGAACUUCCAAGUUAAGGAGGGUCAAGUUGUCAUUUGCCGUGGCAGAACGCCUUCGCUGCCAUCAUCCGCGGAUGGCGAGCCAUCUACGCCGGGACCCGUGUGCGCUGAUGUCAACGUGAUACAACCACUGCCCUACACCUUGGAGAACGAGUUCUUCCCAGUUCUUGUGCGACACAUAAUUAGCCCCGAAGCCAUCGUCGUAAAUUUGGCUGGAAACUUGAGCGAUCAGUUGGCAGAGAUGCACAAAGCAAUGAAAUUGUUCUACUCUCAUCCUGGCAAGGGGGGAACUGGCGGGCAGGAGAUAGCCGCGCAGGAUCUGGUUGCUGGCGCCUUGUGCGCUUACCGGCACGUCGACACGUCUGGUUCCGGAGCGGAAAGGUGGUGCCGUGGAGUUAUAACGGGUGUGCAUCAGGACGGCAUGAUCAGAGUCACGGAUGUCGACAGCGGCGUAAAAACCCUGAAACCAAGCACCAGCUUGCGCCAGCUCGCCUCGCAUUUCUGUACGCUACCACGGCAAGCUAUAACAGUACGGCUAUACCGGCUGCGUCCUGCCUACGGAGGGGUAUGGGGACUUGAAGCGUGUACUAGGUUGGCGGAGUUGGUCUGGGACGAGGCAGUCAUGUGCCGACUCGUCACCUAUGUAGAUGACAUGCCUGCUGUUAUCAUGUGCAAAACAAGUGGUCCAGAUGACAUCUUUGCGAGUAAUGUACUCAUUGAGGAAUGCCUGGCACUUCCACUGGGGUCGUCUGACGAUGAAGAAUAAUAUGUUCAGUUGGUAGAAUGUGGACUUCAUUGAUCACAGAGUUCUGCUACCAAUGAAUGGGAGUGGUCUGCAUCACCCCUUUUUUUUUUUCCCCUGCAGUGUAGGCACGGUGUACAUGUACAUUAUUUUUUUAUGAGCUCUAUGCUGCAAAGCCUGCAUGUUGUUUCUUAUGUUGUGUGGCAUUUUACCCAUUGUUGACUUCUGUAAAAGCCAUUCCUUUUCAUUGCCAUGUCUGUUUGUCAAAACCUUGCAACAGUUAUGUUAAACUUUGGUCAUACUGUGUGUGUGUAAUGUAUUGUCUUGGUUAUGUCUUCUGAAGUAGUUUAAAGGUACUCUAGGAUAAUUCAGUUCCUUUUCAAGGUCCUAACUAAGCAACUAAGACUCGCAAUGUCAUCACACUUCUGUGUUCACCAGUUGUUUUCCCACUGUACAUUUACAUUAUUUUAUUAUGUGCUGUAUGCUGCAAAGCCUGCCUGUUUUUUCUUAUCGUAUGUGUUGUAUCUUAUCCAAUGUUGACUUCUAUAAAAGCCAUUCCUUUUCA